AUGGUAUACAUUCUAACAUUAGAUCAAGCAUAAAUAUCAAUAAAAAUUGAUAAACCAAGCUAUUCUCCUGGAGAAAUAAUAAGAGGUGUUAUAUAUUUAAAAAUAAAAACUAAAGAUAUAAAUGCUGGUAUAUUGUACCUUAAAGUAAAAAUUUAGUAUAAUUUAUAUCAGCUUUGUGGCUAAGAAAAAGUCAAUUAAUUGGAUAAACACAAUCAAUUUUUCAGUUUCAAAUAGUUUAUUUUUCAAAAAUAAAAGAAAAUCACAGAUUUUGGAAAGUAUGGCAAAAUUAAAAUAAUAGGAAAAUGCCAAUUAUAGCUUGUAGAAAAUAUUUUGAAAUGGAGGUUCCUAAUUUGUCACCUAGCUUUACAAUAAACUAUUAUAAGAUGGUACAAUGCAGAAUCUUAUAUUUUCUCUCUGUUACUAUUUAAAGUGAAGAUGAAAAAUAUUUAUACAAACCUCCAAAGAAACAUAGAGUAGUGAUACAUAUUCUUUAAAAGCCUUAAAUACAAUCUGCUUUACCAAUGGAACAUACUGGUGAAUCAAAAAUAACAAAUAGAUGUUGUUUUACUACAGGAGUAAUAUAAUUUAUAAACAUAGAGCACAAAACUUAAGAUACAAUUAAACAAACCUUACUAUAUUUUUGGAGAAAAUAUUGAUAUAGUUCUAUAAGUUGACAAUAGUCAAUCAAGUUCAAAUAUUCAAAAAUUCAAAUUCUAAAUUACAUCAUAGUUAGUUAUUUUGUAUAAAUAGUAAAAACGUAAAUUAUCAAAUUAUUUUGAUAUAUUUGAUUAAGAAAUAAUUUGUAACAUAUAUUAAAUUAUUUAUUAGAAUAAGUUGCAGCUGGUUAGUAAAAAGAAGUAAAAGCUUCAUUGAGUUUGCCUAAUGGAUAGCCUACAAAAACUUCUACAAUUUUUCCUUAAAGUUCUAUAAAGACUAAAAGAAUUAUAUUUCAAUAUAUACUUACACUUAAAGUUAUUUUUGCCAAAAGAUUAUUAAUUAGCUAGUAAGAUUUAACAGUUCCUAUUCCAUUAAUUUUAAUAUAAAAUUAAAAAAGGGAAAAAGACAAUGUAUUUUAAUCAAUGGAUAACAUUAGUAUGGUUGGAUCUGUAUUUGAAACAACCUAAAGAAUAAAUUCAAGCAUAAUAAAAAAGUUUAUUUAUGGAGAUCAUAAUUGUGCAGGUUAUGGUGAACAAGAUGGAUAUUAAGGACCUGAGAGAAAAUACAAUCCUGUUGAAAGUUUAGAUGAAAAUACUUUAAAAGAUUUAAAAGGAGCAUUAGAACAAUUAAUGUUUAAAAAAUAAUAUGAAAAUGAAGAUAGUGAUGAUGAAGAUAAAUUGAUUGAAGAAAUUGAUGGAGUGAAUCUAAAUAAUGUUAGUAUAAAUGUUGAAUAAUCUGAUAAAUAAUAAAAACCAAAAACUAUUUUUUAAUUAGGCAGCAAAAAUGAUAUAUCUUUGCCAAGCCAAAAUAUGGAGGAAGCUAAAUUAGAUAAUGGAAUUUAGGACUAAUUAUAGACAAUUAAAGAAGAAGUAGAUAGUAAAGGAACUUAAUAUAAUCUAAAUAAUGCUCUGUCUUCAUCAUGUGUAAGAAAAAAUCAUCAUUAAGAAGAUAAUGAUGAUUAAUAAAAUAAACAAUUUUAAUAAUAAUCUUAUCCAAUUGAAACUUUUGGUUCUUUUUAGAAAGUAAUAAUAAAUAAAGAAGAAUGUGAUGAAAUGAAAAUAAAUCCUGAAGAAAAAGAAACAUAAAUAAAACCUAUCAAUUUAUAGAAAAAUAGAUCACUAUCUAAUUCAAUUGAUUAAAAUGAUUAAAAAGAAUAAAAAUAAUUUAAAGUUUAAUUUAAUGAUGCUACAUCAGUUGAUACUUUAGAUGGUAAAACUGGUGAUAGGUAAAGUACUUAAUAUAGAAAAAAAUGA